GCGGUUUAUCGUACAUAAUUUUCUUAUAAAAGAAUAAAUAUUUUAUAACAAGUUACAUAGGUAACAGUAACAUUCAAAUCAAAAUACCCAACGAAACAAAAUAAAGCGGGUUUAUGUAACAUAUUCUAUGUGUAAUCGUUACGUGUAAGACGUUUCGUAUGAGUAAACAAAUAACAGAACUCCCGCGGAGUUAUGUCUCACUGCGGUUUGCUUAGACAGCACGUUAUUUAAAAAUAUGAGUCAUUGGUGUUGUGCACGGCUCAAUAUCGGUUAGUAAUAUCGUGUCAGGGUCACGGAGACUGCGUGUGGAGCAUCCUCAGUUCUCUGCGCGAUGCGGUGCUCAUUAUCCGUGAUAUUGUGAACUGUGUUUUACUGUUUAUCAACAAACACCAUUGAGAGUAGUGCACGUCGUGGUCACUUCAAGUAAUCUCCCACCAUGGCGUACCCGAACCAGCUGCCGCCGCCUCCGCCGCAGACCAUGGGCUCCACCAACACCGUGUUCAUUACGGAGACACGCUUCGACCCCUCUUACCUGAAGACUGUCCCCGGGAUUCUUAAGGCUAUUGUUAUUCUAUUCAACCUAAUCGGGUUUAUCUGCAUCCAAUCGUCCGCGUUCUGGUCAAACGGCCGAGGAGUGUACUUCAACAUAGUGGCGCACCUAGGCCUCUGGUUCUCCGGCAUCCUGCUGGUGCUGUACCUGUUCCACGUGGUGGAGAAGUACCACAACAUCAAGUGGCUGAAGAUAGAGAUGGUGGCGUAUAUCGUGAUGGUCUUCCUAUAUCUCAUCGCGUCUACGAUCGUCGUGGCGUUUGGUGCUGCUGCUUACUCUGCUGCAGGGUUCUUCGGCUACCUGGCAAUGGUGGUAUACGGAGGUGACGCAUUCCUCAAAUACCAGGCUUUGAAGGCCGGGGAGUUGGCCCAGGGCCACAGAGUUCAGGCCAAGCAGACGCACGUCACUACGCCACCAGCGCUGCCCUAACACUGAGAAGGAUGAAGAGAAAGAGGUAAUCUAGAAAUGAGGUUUUGUCUUUGAAGCUGGCUGGUAAGACGUAGAAUAAUGAAAGGAGGUUAUGAAUUGAAUAGUACACGAAUAUAUUGUUGUGAAGAAUUUUGAUGUCUGCAAGAAUGGACCAUCCAUUCUGUAAUGAAAUGAGAUUAUUUUAUGAUUGUACG